ACAAACAUCCCCCAACUUCCAUAACCUCACAGAAUAAUUUCCCCAAAUUAGAGAUAUGGUGAAUUUCAAGAACAAGCUCUUCGCUUUGGCUGUAUUGAUGGCAGCCAUAGCCACCGAUGCUCAAACCAUAUGCAAUAUGCCAGCUGCUGGUUUGAUGGCGUGCAAGCCAUCUGUGACACCGCCAAACCCAAGCCAGCCCACUGCAACUUGCUGCUCGGCCCUCGCGCAUGCGGACAUGCGAUGCCUUUGCAACUAUAAAAACUCCAAUGUGUUGCCUUCACUUGGGAUUGAUCCAAAUCUCGCCAUGCAGCUCCCUCAGAAGUGCAAGCUUCCUCAUCCUGCCAAUUGCUAGACUUUGAUAUUUGGUUGGAAUUGAAGAAAUAUGUGUGUUGUGUGUGUCUGUGUGUGUGUAAGGUUGACAUUUGCAUGAUCAUUUAUCAUAUGAAGUUACCUUAAUAACGUUGUUUUUGAGUUCUGUGGAUUUUCUGGGCCUAUAAAAUAUUGUGUUUUGUGGUUUA